CUGGGCGCGCCACUGCCUCCGUUUUCGUCUGCUGCCUCGCUGGGCUCCGUGGCCACUCUCAGCAUGACCAGCCAUCAGUGAAAGAAGUGACGAAUGUGGAGUUUUCAUCGGAGACGUCAACGAGCCCAGGACACGACCAGGCAUGAUGGCGCUGGUGCUGCUGCCGUGUGACCUGCCGAACUGGCCCACCGUGCAGCGUCACCUGACCAAGGUCAAGGACGCACAGAACGCCGAGCAGCUCGUCGAGAUCAUGCACAGGCUUCACGACCUGUGCAACGUUGGCCUUGACCCGACCGACGACCCCGUUGACCCGGCCCGAUUUGAGGGGCUGCGUCUGUACGUGGGUCAACUGGCGGCGGCGGAUCGCACCAAACUGUUCCGCACCACCCUGCCGUGCAUGGUCAACUACGCGCUCAAGCUGAGGAUCUUCAAGCCCCGCGAGAGCCUCCAGUACAGCCUUCAACAGCAGGCUGGGACCGUUGAACUCGAUCGAAGGUUCAUCGCCUCGCUGGUGGCCAACUGUUUCUUCAGCACCUUCCCGAAGCGGUCGGCCAUCUCGCACCCGACACUGCUCGAUGUCAACUUCUCCGCGUUCUUCUACUACUUAAACAGUCCAUGGCAACGUGUCAAGUUUGAGGCGAUCCUGUUGUACUUUGAAGCUCUUUCAGAAGCGGAACCUACUGGUCUUGUCACCUACACCAGAAAGGUGAUGAGCGGCCGCGAGUUCGCCAGUCUGGCCGACUGGCUGGGCUGCUCCAAGCCUCUCUGUCCGGUGGUGGUUCGCGACACGGGCAGGAUAGAGGACGCCGAGCCGGGCCUCAGUCAGGUCUGCUUCCUCAGCCCGCAGCCGGGCGGCGACACGCUCAGAGACGGAAGGUCACAGGAGUCUCUGAGCCACGCCAGUCACCCGGAGCUGCUGGCGUCGGCCAUCUUCCAGGAGAGACUCGAGGAUAACGAGUCGCUGGCGGUGUCGGGCUGUGUCCGGUCCUGUCAGAUGGCGGUGAAUUCCUCCGGGGCGCCGCAUCUCACCCGACUGACGGCGUCAGCACGGAGCGCCUCAGCCAACGGCCAAAUCUGCUGUGUUGACGCCGAGAGUUACACCACUCUGCCCGCCGCUCAGUACGACGAGGACGCCAUCCUGCGGGAGCUCAACAAGGCCUACCUGGGCUUCCAGCAGCCGAAGGUGACCAAGAGGCUGAGCCCGAUCGGAGAGUCGAACGGCCCCAGCCGGCAUGUGUCGGUUUCUCCCGCCCUCAGUGAGGUCGGAGAGUCCCCGGAGCUGGUCAACGGCGGUGCGAGGGGCCUCCACAACAGUCGGACGUCUCACGGAGUACCCAUGUCCCCGCUGGCCGCCCCGCCACCGGAGGUACAGCCCUCGUCACAGCCGCAGUGUGAGGAGCCGGGGAGCUGCGGCGUCCCGCUCCGCCGACCGGCGACCAUCGGAGGGCCGACCACAGAGCCCCCUGCUGAGGGGUCACCGGGCGGAUCAGGAGGCGCCACCAGACAGAGCGUGCUCCGACUCAUCGGACAGAUGCAGCGCUCCAUUGAGCGUGAGCUGGGUCAGCUGGGACAGCAGGCCAACUCACAGAUCGUGUCACAAAUCAUGUCCCGGAUUCGGACGAUAGAACGCAGUCAGUUGGUGAGACUUCUGAGUGCAGAUACACCCGCCCAGCCUGCUGCAGCAGUGGGUGAACUCCCGAACUGCGAUGAGGACGCUCUGUUGACUGUCUGCGAGGCGCUGAUGGCCGAUCAGGUACCGCUAGAGCCUCUGGACGGCGACUACUUCGAGUGGAAGCUGGAGGAGCUAGCACAGGAGCGGUGCGCGGAGCUGCCUGGGCCCGGAGCCGGGAGCCGAGCGGAGCAGGGAGGGGAGCCGGAGCAGACGGAGCCGGGAGCGGACGUUCGGGGGGCCCGCGGCAGGACGGCCUCGGUUGAUACGGAUGCGUUCUUCAGUGCCUGCAGCAGUGUGGAUGACAGCUGUUCACAAGACGGCCGGAGCGCGGACAGCGGCUGGAGCGGCUCGCCGCCGCGGUACCGACGCUCCGUGUCGCCCGGCCGACCUCAUCCAGGCCCCCCACGGCGCCGCAGCACCUUCCGGGACCGGCUCGAGGAGGCCAACCGGCGCGCCGAGCGGGAGGAGCUGGCCGACAGCCGCGACUCCACAGAGGACGAGCACACGGUGGCCACCGCCGUCCGGCCCGCAGCGGCCGCCGUCAGCGUCAUCCGAGCCAACCCGGCCGUCACCGCGGCGGCGGCCGCCGCCGGCCGCGCCGCCACCGCCGCCGAUGACGGCGAUGACGGAAAGAUGAGCCGCGCUGGUUCGUCGGUCGGUGAGGACCUGGACGAGGUCGCCGAUCAGCUCACCAACGGCCGGCGCUGGGCCAGCCGACUCCGCGGCAAGAGCCGCAGCCUCACCGGCAACAGCUCCCGACUGAGCUUCAGCUCAGACUUCAGCUCCGACGUGGAGGAGCUGUGUGACAAAUUUGGCCACUGGCUGGAGGAGCCCGGGGCCGAGCUGGGACCACGAGACUUGGCCGUCAUGCGGGUCACCCAGCGCAUGCUCAAGAGGACGCUGUCGGACACAUUUGCCGGCAGCGUGAUGGACAUGGAGCAACUGGAUACGGCGUGUCACAUCCCCAGCGCCAGCGGACUCAGUCACAGAUUGGAGUCUGACGCCCGACAGCGGAAGCGCGCCUGUGCCCGAUCUCUGAGCCUCUCCGAUCAGUGGGCGAGGGAGAGGCUCGCCCUGGAGGUGGCCAGGAAACUGGUAGAGCCCUCGCCUGACCAGCCCUCUGCUCCCGUCUGCGCCAAGCCCAGCUCCAGCUCCGUGGUGGAACUCCUCGAGGCCGCACACGCCGCCACCCUGCGCCAGGAGCGGCUCUGCCCUGCCAUCUACCGGUACUCGGAGGAAUUAGCCAGCCGCCUGGUUCCCGAAUGUGUCCACGAGAGCGCCUUGCUGCUGCGAUUUCACCUUGCCAAACACCGGCGCGCCUAUCGCAAGAUAUCAGCUCGACCGGAGCGGAAGCUGACCGAGUUUCCGCGGCGGCCGGCGGCGGCGCCACCGUCGCCGCCUCCCGCUCCGCCGCCCACCGGGCCUCUCCCGCUGGACGAGGCCACUGUGGAGGGAUUCAGCUGGACCCUGGUAGAGCGGCUGCUGGAGGAGACGAUCCGCCAGCUGCCCAGCCCCCGCCGGCAGCUGCUGAAGCGGCUCAUCAGCGGCAGAGCCGUCUCUCUCGACCGUAAGAAGGGCAUUCUGAAGAAGCCGCGCUCGGCGGUGCCGCGGAGUCGGAGCAGCACCUCCGAUCGGCCGCCGCCGCUUCAGGGGAGUCCCGAGGGUGUCCCCAGCAGCGGGCUGCCUAGCCAGACGGGCCGGCCGGAGGCGCAGCGCCGCAAGAGCCGGCGGGAGAGCUUUCUGGAGGUGGGUGGGCGAUUCAGUCCUGCACCGGUCAGUGAACGGUCGACCGUUAGCCCGCGGUUGAAAGGGGCGUAUUGGUGA